UCUUCUCUCCUCUUCUGAAUAAACAAAUUCGAGCAUCCCAUCCCCCUUUUUCAAUCUCAGUCUCUCUAUAAAUACCCAAAGGCCAUUACCCUUGGAGUCUUCUCUUCCCUUCUCAGGGGCGUUUUUGACAAGCUGCAGAAGAGAGAGAACAGAGAGAUAGAGAGAAUUCUUCAUCACUGCGUAUAACUUCCGAACCCAUAUAUAUCAAUCAAAAAGGGGUCCGAAGAAGAACAACAACAUUAGAAAACCCAAACACAGAGAUUUUUUUGAUUAUAGAGGUAGUGGGGGUGAUUCAUUCUGAAGGUCUUCACAAAAAAAUUUAAAAUUGAUUAAAAAAAAUUCGUGUUUUUUUUUUGCACCAUUUGACGUGAUUCAAUCGAGGUUUAGUGUUAAUUUCAUUGGGUUUUUUUAGUUAGGGUUUUGGUAGACAGUGGUGUGAGUUUUAGCUUGAUUGUGUUUUUCUUAUUUUAUUUUUGGGAAUUUUUUAGGGUUUGGGGGGCUGGCUGGAUCAUCUAGCUGUAUCCAACUUGUUGUUUUAUGAACUGUUUGGGUCAAAAUCGGGGUAUUGAAUAAGGAACUCAAUUGGAUGAUUAUUGAUAAGUAUUGUUGUUAUUCUUCAGACUACUGUAUUCAAGAUCGGGAUUGGGUUUUGGGUUCUAAAAGUUGGGAUCUUUGUACCAGUUUUGGAUUUUGAGUUUGGGGUAUGUUUUCAGACUUUGAAUCUUGUUAAUAAGAGAGUUAGAAGGAGAUGGUAAAGAUUUUACCCUUUUGGUCAUGGAAGAAGAUUGCACUUUAAAAUUCAGUGAAGUUUUGGUCGAUUCAGAAUUGAGUUUUUACAGUGAUUUUCUACGAAUCUGGAAAUGCCCAUGACAUUGGUGAUAUUCCUAUAUCGACCUACAAGAUCAGAGUUUACUAGUGGCUCGUCUUCGUCGCUUAAGAAACCGUUUGGAUUGACUUAAGUUUAGUGUAGUUUUCAUUCUUAGAGUAGAUAGAUUUGAUUUGUCUCGGUCUGUGAGUUCGGUAGUCGAAUUCGUUGAAAAUUCUGAGUUUACUUCUGUGUCUGUGAUUCAGUAUAAUAAGUAAGACAAAAUUGAGAGUCUUAUUGAAAUUGGAAAUGAGUGCGGGGACAUGGUGCAUGGACAAGAGCAACGUUGGCGGUUCUGUAUCUUAUUGGUACUAAACCUAGGUGAAGAUUAUUUGGUCGUCAAGGGAAGCCCAAAGAGUGUUGAUUCCUGGAUAACCUGCAAUGUCUCGCUGCUUUCCAUUUCCUCCACCAGGAUAUGAGAAGAAGACUAGACCUGACGAUGUAGAAUUACUAACAAAGGAGAAGCACAAAGAGAAAAAGCACAAGAAAGACAAGAAGGACAAGGACAAAGACAAGGACAAAAAAAGAGAAGGUAAAGAAAAGAAGGAUAAAGAGAGAAGCAAGGAUAAACAUAAAGAAAAGAAAGAUCGGAAGGACAAGGACAAGCACAAGGACAAGGACAAGGACAAGAAGAAGGAUAAGGAUGGAGAUAAAGAUAAAAGCAAGAUCUUGGCUGAGAAGAAACCUGAAGGGAUACCCGAGGGUCACAUUGGAGGGAGGCCAGUUGAAAACUUCCAGCAGACGUGGGAGAUUAAGAAUCCAAAAUCUGCAGAUGUUUUGGACAGGGGCAUUGGUGAUGAAGAGAGGCGGACAGGAAACCACAUGGUUGAGACUUUCAAUGGGAACGAUAAGUGGCGUAUUGAAGGAAUUAGCAGAGUGGCGGAGAAGGAUUUUGAGAGAAGAGGUGAAGCGGACAAGAAAGUUUUUAAUAAGCAACCAGAUGUGCAAAGAAAAACAGAUGUGGAAGGAUGGACUGGUGGUGCAACGGUCCAAAGUUUCUCCAGGUUGGACCAAAAAGGAACGGGGAAAGAUAGCAAUGUUGAUAAGGGCCAUGAUAGAAAGGGUAUUGGACAGAGGAACUUUGAUGGGAAGGCAGUUACUGGAAAUGCAGUUAUUGGAAAUCCAGUUGUCCAAAACUUCACCACUGGAACUGAUGAAAAGAAAAUCGAAGGAGUGGCCAGAUUGAUAGACAAGGAUGCUGAGAAAGUGAAAGAAAAGAGUAAGAGCAAGGGUUCUGAUGAUAAACAUAAAAAGCGGGAGAAGAAAAGCAAAGGAAAGGACAAAGACAGGGAUAAAGAGAAAGAAAAAACUAAAGAGAGGGAGAAAGCGAAGGAUAAAGGCGGUUCAUUAAAUAACAAACAGGAUAAAAUAAUAGGUAGUGGCAAAGAUAUUAUUGAUACCCUAAAACCCCUGCCAUUGCCAAAAGACAUCAAUAAUGGUGCUAGUAUGGAGGGCAGUUCCAGGAAAAGGAAGGAGCCAGAGGCAAAUGGGUUUUUACAUGAAAAUGAAAGUCGGCCUAAUAAGUUGCUGAAACCUGUGCUUCCCGUUCACCCAACCGUGGAGAAUGGACGGAAGUUGGAGCCUUCCCAAAUUGCUACCCAGGGUGCUCCUGAAAUUAAGCAGGGGCCAGGCAAUCACCUUAAGGUGGACAGUAAGGAACACAAGGUUAAGGAACACAAGGUUAAGGAACACAAGGUUAAUGGUUUAACAGAAGCACAACCAACUUCUAUUAAUUCCACAAAGUCCUCACUUGUCAGUUCACACGCUAGUGAGAAUGGUGUAGCAUCUACAAAACCGCCACAUCCAGACGCCAAGUAUUUAAGCCAGAUUCUUACGAUUCCUAAAAUGGAAGAAUGGUCUGAUUUUGAUGACCAGGAUUGGCUGUUUGGUGAAAACACUCAAUUAAAGAAGCCCCGUGAUGAAUCUUUUGGGGUUGAGGAGAGACCGCAAGUGUGGGCAGAAGCUGUACGAAUAGAGUCUGCUGAUGUCUGUGCUUUACCGUACGUCAUUCCUUACUGAUUGAUGUUCAAAGAAUAGUGGCAAUACAGUUAUCUUCACCAUUCUCGGUGUUGUGGUAAGAGGGACCCAGUACCUACCUUUUGAGCAGGUAAAGCAACAUCAGGGUGUCGGGAUGGUUAGUUUCUCCCGCUGCAUUCUCUUGUCAUAUUCCGUGUUCUUUUCAGUUAUCAGGUAUGAAUUCCAUCGACCUUCUAUUGCAAUAAGUAUUGUUUCGUGACAUUUGUCAUGAAAUUUGCUUUUAUAUGGAAUCAUCGUCAUCAUAUCUGUCGCACACAAAUUGUCUGGAAAGUAGGGUCAACUUGGAUUAGGGAGCGGGCUUUUGCUUCCCGAUCUGUGUAAGUAGUAACCAAUUGUGAACACUCUCGAAGUGAUCCCUGGAAGGAUAAAUGUUACAUACUACAAAAUCAAGUCCCUAGAGCAAAGUUGAAAGAACGGGGGAAACAUGAUUGAAAAGGGGAUGCCUAAAGCUGGUGGCGAAGUUUUCAUAUUUCUCUUUUAUGUAGAAGCUUUUCUAAGAUCUCUUUAAGUUUAGAUUUUCAGAAAAACUCGAGUGGUCCUUGCUACACUACCGACACAAUUUUGAUUUGUAUCAUAUGAAUCGUUAAUCAGAAAAACAUAAGCUACAAUAGAGUGAAAAGGAAACCCAAAAAAAAAGUAACGUGGCACUCUCAUUCAAUUAUGCCUUUGUCUUUGAUCAGUUUUGGUCUUUUUAGUGUACCUCGUUUUUUAUUCUUUCUCCAUUCUUACUGACAUAAUCUGCUGCAGAAUUAUGUAUUGUUGAUUCUAAAUACUGUGUUCAUUGUUGACAUAGAUUACUAAUACAUCGAAUUAAUCUCAUCACUUCUGAUAACUGUUGUUUGUUAGCUGUAUGUUCGAGUGAAUUGACAUGUUGUAAAGAUGUAAAUACCUUCCCAUUGACAAGGAAAGGAAAAUUGUAUUGAAAAAUUUAAGCAUUUGAAGGAAAGAUAAACAAUCCGACUCUUUUUUGUAGCAAAA